AUGAAACAAAUACCUUUAACCUAUUUUCGCACUUACACCUAUCAACAGCCAUUACCCGCCAAUCAGUUUCCUCUUUUAAGUUCCACCGAUUAUAUCACAAAUUUUGGAGCCUUGGGUAAUUCACCCUAUAUAAAUCCCAUGUUGCCGGUAGUGCCUUUAGGAAUGCCUACAAAUAAUGAAAUUUUAGUGGAUAUAAAACCAGAGAAAACAUAUGCAGGUAUUAACUUGGUAAGAUCUCUGGGAGGAGUAAUACCGGCACCUUUGCCCAUAACCACAACCACAACACCGGAGCCUACUACAACAACCACUACCACCACAACGACUACCACACCUGAACCCACCACUACAACAACUACCACUACCGAAGCUCCCACUACAGUACAAGUAGAUCCUCCAGCCACCGUGGCCCCCUUAAUACAAACCGAUGCCUUGGUUAAUAUAGAAGCCACCUAUCCCGCUUUCAAUCGCAAAGUCUUCACCAAUCAUUUCAACAUAAACUACAAUCGUCCUGUUUAUCCUUAUCCCGAAUACUCAGUCUACAAACCCAAUUCUGGACCAGGCAGUGAGGAAAACCAAUUACCUCCCAAUGUUGAAUUUGUACCCUGCAUGUGUCCUGUUAAUAUACAAAAUACCGGCUUCCCCUCACCCUAUCAACCAGGUGCACCUUUUACUGGCAAUCCCUCAAACUCGAUAUUUUUAGCUCAAGGUCGAACUAAUGUCGAAGCAGAAGCUUCUUUAGAUUUACCCUUACAAUCGAAUAUGCCUUUAAAUAUUGAUGUUACAUCAGCUGGGGCGAAUGAAGGUUUGAAUUUAGCAGAAGAUUUACAAAUGGCUAAACUCGUAGAAGAGGAGGAGUCUGCUACACUGAGUAAUUUAGCGUAG